GAAGAGUGCGUGGUGCUUGUCAAAAUGAGAAAGUGACCAUCAGCGCCUGGCUUGGUGUUCCAGAGCCUCCUGGAGCCAGCGCUCAGCCCAGCUGAAGCCGGAGGAGGAAGGAGGACAAGCACAGCCUGAUCAGGAAUGUUCACCCUUGCAGAAGUUGCAUCGCUCAAUGACAUCCAGCCAACUUACCGCAUCCUGAAACCAUGGUGGGAUGUAUUUAUGGAUUAUCUAGCUGUUGUGAUGUUGAUGGUUGCCAUUUUUGCUGGAACCAUGCAGCUGACCAAAGACCAGGUGGUCUGCUUGCCAGUUCUGCAGUCUACUGUAAACACAAAGCCACAGCCCAGCACGUCAGGGAAGGCUGACUUCACCACUGUUGAAACAACCACUGGUCAAGGAGAAGUAGCAUCAAUGGGAACGGUUUCCUUUGGAAGUGCCCCUACUGUGACACCUGAUGUACUUCUGAGCAGAGCUACCUCUUCUCAGUAUCAACCCACUGAAUCCGGCCAGGAGCUGAAGAAGGAGCAGAAAGAUUCCUCAGGCCGUAAAACCAAUUUGGAUUUUCAGCAAUACGUAUUUAUUAACCAGAUGUGCUAUCAUUUGGCUCUCCCUUGGUAUUCCAAGUAUUUUCCCUAUCUCGUUCUCAUCCAUACUAUCAUUUUAAUAGUCAGUAGCAAUUUUUGGUUCAAGUAUCCCAAGACUUGCUCAAAAAUUGAGCAUUUUGUGUCUAUAUUAGGGAAGUGCUUUGAGUCCCCUUGGACCACCAAAGCCUUGUCUGAAACGGCAUGUGAGGACUCGGAGGAGAACAAACAGCGGUUAACUGGCGCCCAGUCCCUGCCCAAGUACGUUUCCACUAGCAGUGAUGAAGGAAGCCCGAGUGCCAGCACUCCCAUGAUAACAAAGUCUGGCUUCAAGUUUUCAGCUGACAAGCCGAUGAUCGAGGUUCCCAGCGUCACUAUCUUAGAUAAGAAAGAUGGAGAACAAGCCAAGGCGCUGUUUGAGAAAGUGCGCAAGUUCCGGGCUCACGUGGAGGACAGCGAUCUGAUUUACAAGCUCUAUGUUGGCCAGACUGUCAUCAAGACUGUCAAGUUCAUAUUUAUUCUUUGCUAUACUGCAAACUUUGUCAACACCAUUAGCUUUGAGCACAUCUGCAACCCGAAAGUGGAACACCUGAUUGGCUACACCCAGUUCGAGUGCACGCACAACAUGGCUUACAUGUUGAAGAAGCUGCUCAUCAGCUAUAUUUCCCUCAUUUGUGUCUAUGGCUUUAUCUGCCUCUACACCCUUUUUUGGCUGUUCCGGAUACCUCUGAAGGAAUAUUCCUUUGAGAAGGUCAGAGAAGAGAGUAGCUUCAGUGACAUCCCCGAUGUCAAGAACGACUUUGCGUUUCUCUUGCAUAUGGUAGAUCAGUACGACCAGUUGUAUUCCAAGCGAUUCGGUGUCUUCCUGUCAGAGGUAAGUGAGAACAAGCUGCGGGAAAUUAGUUUAAACCACGAGUGGACUUUCGAGAAGCUGAGGCAGCACGUUUCCCGCAACGCCCAGGACAAGCAGGAGUUGCACCUCUUCAUGCUGUCGGGCGUCCCCGAUGCCGUGUUUGACCUGACGGAUCUGGACGUGUUGAAACUGGAGCUGAUUCCUGAAGCGAAAAUCCCAGCGAAGAUCUCCCAGAUGACCAAUCUGCAGGAGCUUCACCUGUGCCACUGCCCUGCCAAGGUCGAGCAGACUGCCUUCAGCUUCCUGCGGGACCACUUGAGAUGCCUUCACGUGAAGUUCACGGACGUUGCGGAGAUUCCUGCAUGGGUGUAUCUGCUCAAAAACCUCCGUGAGCUGUACUUGAUAGGCAACUUGAACUCUGAAAACAACAAGAUGAUAGGGCUCGAGUCCCUCAGAGAGUUGAGGCACCUGAAGAUUCUGCACGUGAAGAGCAAUCUGACCAAAAUCCCCCCCAACAUCACAGAUGUGGCCCCACAUCUGACAAAGCUAGUCAUCCACAAUGACGGCACUAAGCUCGUGGUACUCAAUAGCCUUAAGAAAAUGACUAACGUCGCGGAGUUGGAGCUGCAGAACUGUGAACUGGAGAGAAUUCCCCACGCCAUCUUCAGCCUCUCUAACUUACAGGAACUGGAUUUAAAGUCAAAUAGCAUACGCACAAUCGAAGAAAUCAUCAGUUUCCAGCACUUAAAAAGAUUGACUUGUUUAAAGCUGUGGCACAAUAAAAUAGUCAACAUUCCUUCCUCCAUUACCCACAUAAAGAAUUUGGAGUCUCUUUAUCUCUCCAAUAACAAACUCGAAUCCUUACCAGCUGCAGUGUUCAGUUUACAGAAACUAAGGUGUUUAGACGUGAGCUACAACUCGAUCGCGUCGAUUCCAGUGGAAAUAGGUUUGCUUCAAAACCUGCAGCAUUUCCACAUCACGGGCAACAAAGUCGACGUUUUGCCAAAACAGUUGUUUAAAUGCGUUAAGUUGAGGACUUUGAGUCUGGGGCAGAACUGCAUUACCUCAAUCCCAGAUAAAGUCAGUCAACUGCUGCAGCUGACUCACCUGGAACUGAAGGGGAACUGCUUGGACCGCCUGCCAGCCACGCUGGGGCAGUGUCAGCUUCUCAGGAAAAGCGGGCUCGUGGUGGAGGAUCACCUCUUUGACGCGCUGCCCUCGGAAGUCAAGGAGGUGUUGAACCAAGACACAAGCAUUCCCUUUGCUAACGGGAUCUAGGCGGAGGUGAAGUGCUCUCUGGUAGCUGACUUCCACACGACACACGCUGAACGGUGUGGUGAUUGCGAGACCAUGCGUUUUCCUCGGGAGGCAGGACUGCUAUAGCAGGGCUAGAAGAGGCGUAACCGAGUGUUCAAUGUUUGCAGUGUUUUAAAAGAUUAUUUCCAAGAUUUUUGAGAGGAUAAAGAACCUGAAUAAUCCCAAUUC